AAAUCAAACGUUUGGGAAGCAUUUGGUAGAUGAAGUGCUUUCUGCCUAGUGUGGGUCCCAGGAUGUCUAGCUUCUGAUACUAGGAAGCCCUUUCAGAUCCAGGGACUGAAGGGUUAUUACUGUGGUGCUAGAGCUAUGCAGCUGGAGCAUUGUCUUUCUCCCUCUAUCAUGCUCUCCAAGAAAUUUCUCAAUGUGAGCAGCAGUUACCCACAUGCAGGCGGAUCCGAGCUUGCCUUGCAUGAUCAUCCCAUUAUCUCGACCACUGACAACCUGGAGAGAAGUUCACCUUUGAAAAAAAUUACCAGGGGGAUGACGAAUCAGUCAGAUACAGACAAUUUUCCUGACUCCAAGGACACACCAGGGGACGUCCAGAGAAAUAAACUCUCUCCCGUCUUGGACGGGGUCUCUGAGCUUCGUCACAGUUUCGAUGGAUCUGCUGCAGAUCGCUAUCUGCUCUCUCAGUCCAGCCAGCCCCAGUCUGCUGCCUCUGCUCCUAGUACCAUGUUCCCUUAUCCCAGCCAGCAUGGACCUGCUCACCCAGCCUUCUCCAUCGCCAGCCCCAGCCGCUACAUGGCUCAUCAUCCUGUGAUCACCAACGGAGCUUAUAACAGCCUCCUGUCCAACUCUUCUCCGCAAGGCUACCCCACGGCGGGCUACCCGUACCCCCAGCAGUAUGGCCAUUCCUACCAAGGGGCACCUUUCUACCAGUUCUCCUCCACCCAGCCGGGGCUGGUUCCCGGCAAGGCUCAGGUCUACCUGUGCAACAGGCCACUCUGGCUGAAAUUUCACCGGCACCAGACGGAGAUGAUCAUCACGAAGCAGGGAAGGCGCAUGUUCCCUUUCCUAAGCUUUAAUAUUUCUGGUCUCGACCCUACGGCUCACUACAAUAUUUUUGUGGAUGUAAUUUUGGCGGAUCCCAAUCACUGGAGAUUUCAGGGAGGCAAAUGGGUUCCUUGCGGCAAGGCGGACACCAAUGUACAAGGAAACCGGGUGUAUAUGCAUCCCGACUCCCCCAACACGGGAGCCCACUGGAUGCGUCAGGAAAUCUCCUUUGGGAAACUAAAACUUACAAACAAUAAAGGAGCAUCAAACAACAACGGGCAGAUGGUGGUUUUGCAGUCCCUUCACAAGUACCAACCUCGCUUGCAUGUGGUGGAGGUGAACGAAGACGGGACGGAGGAUACCAACCAGCCGGGCAGAGUGCAGACAUUCACGUUCCCCGAGACACAGUUCAUUGCCGUGACCGCCUACCAAAACACCGAUAUCACACAGCUGAAAAUAGAUCACAACCCUUUCGCAAAAGGAUUCCGAGACAAUUAUGACACGAUCUACACGGGCUGCGACAUGGACCGGCUGACGCCUUCCCCCAACGACUCGCCCCGCUCUCAGAUCGUGCCCGGGGCCCGCUACGCCAUGGCCGGCUCCUUCCUGCAGGACCAGUUCGUGAGUAACUACGCCAAGUCCCGCUUCCACCCCGGGGCAGGAGCCGGCCCGGGGCCCGGCGCCGACCGCAGCGUGCCCCACACCAACGGGCUGCUCUCCCCACAGCAAGCCGAGGACCCGGGGGCCCCCUCGCCGCAGCGCUGGUUCGUCGCCCCCGCCAACAACCGCCUCGACUUCGCCGCCUCCGCCUACGACACGGCCACCGACUUCGCCGGCAACGCGGCCACGCUGCUGUCCUACGCGGCCGCGGGCGUCAAGGCGCUGCCGCUGCAGGCGGCCGGCUGCGCCGGGCGGCCGCUGGGCUACUAUGCCGACCCCUCGGGCUGGGGGGCCCGCAGCCCCCCGCAGUACUGCAGCAAGUCGGGCUCCGUGCUCUCCUGCUGGCCCAACAGCGCUGCGGCGGCGCGCAUGGCCGCCGGCAACCCCUACCUGGGGGAGGAGGCGGAGAGCCUGGCCCCCGAGCGGUCCCCCUUGCCGGGCGCCGAGGACUCCAAGCCCAAAGAUUUGUCCGACUCCAGUUGGAUCGAGACGCCGUCGUCUAUUAAAUCCAUCGACUCCUCCGAUUCUGGGAUUUACGAGCAGGCCAAAAGGAGGCGGAUCUCCCCCUCGGACACCCCGGUGUCCGAGAGCUCCUCGCCCCUCAAGAGCGAGGUGCUUACCCAGCGGGACUGCGAAAAGACCUGCGCCAAGGACAUCGGCUAUUACGGCUUCUACUCGCACAGCUAGGCGCGGCCGCCGGCCCGCCGUCCUUUUGCACAAUAACUCCUCCGCGUUAGCGCACUGACCCCCGCCCCUAGCUGUCCCAU